UAAAAUGAAAACAGCGGCAGCCAGGGUUCUGGAGCUAUUUAUAAGCUGUACCCGCCUCAGCCUCCUGCGAUAGUCCUUUGGCUUGCAGUAUUUACCAACAGAAGAUAACUAGAGAAGAAGGAGAUUUUCAGUUUGGAAGGAGAGUUGGGGUUCAGCGUUUUCUCUCCGCUGGUAGUAGCUAAAGCAUUUAUCAUAAUGGAGGGGAUAACAGAGGGAGUAAACAACUUGAAUAUCAUUGAUUCAGCUUCAGCCAUCAAGAAGAACCGUAUCCAAGUCUCUAACACCAAAAAACCCCUCUUCUUCUAUGUGAAUCUCACCAAGAGAUACAUGCAGCAACACAAUGAAGUUGAACUCUCUGCUCUCGGGAUGGCUAUAGCUACUGUUGUAACCAUUGCUGAGAUCUUGAAGAAUAAUGGGUUGGCUGUUGAGAAGAAGAUCACGACUUCCACUGUUGACAUGAGAGAGGAAACAGGAGGUCGACCUGUGCAGAAAGCAAAGAUUGAAAUAUUGCUAGGGAAGACUGAAAAGUUUGAUGAGUUGAUGGCUGCUGCAUCAGAGGAAUUGAUAGAUAAUGAGGGCAGAGCUGAGCAUUAGAAGACAAAUUCAGCUGGUUGCUUUACUUCUUGGCAGAUAUCUGUAACAAUAUAUUUUAGAUUGGACUUUGUCAAGUUUUUAUUAGCUGUUAUUAUAUUUCUUGUAGGAGGUUCUGUAAAAAAACAUUGAACUUUGCUAUUCAAAAUUCAAAUUCAUUUCCAGGUUCUAUUCAAAA